AUGGAGAAGCCAUCAACAAUGAACAUCGACCAUGUCGAUGACAGUCCGAGAGAUUCUGCUGUCGAGAAAGACUUCCACGAUGCACAUUCCCCGCCCGAGUUCUCGCCGGAGAUGGAGAAGCGUGUGUUCCGGAAGAUGGACCUGCGGUUGAUUCCGAUGCUGUCGCUCCUGUACCUUCUGGCGUUUUUGGAUCGAGGGAAUAUUGGAAAUGCCAAGAUUGAGGGAUUGUUGGAGGAUUUGAAUAUGACGGGGCCGCAGUAUAUGACGGUCUUCUUUUUUACCUACGCCGCUUUUGAACUGCCGAGUAAUUUGCUUUUGAAGAAAUUGAGGCCUUCACGAUGGCUGCCGAUAAUUAUGAUUGCUUGGGGAAUUGUCAUGACAUUGAUGGGAGUCGUCCAAAGUUAUCAAGGGUUGCUGGUUGCUCGUCUGUUUCUCGGUCUGGCUGAAGCAGGCCUCUAUCCCGGAACCGCAUACUACAUUACCCUCUGGUACCCCCGUCACCGCGCCCAAUACCGACAAGCCAUGUUCUUUAGUGCAGCAAGCAUCGCGGGCGCUUUUUCAGGGAUCCUAGCCUUUGCCAUUGCUAAAAUGGAUGGCAUCGGCGGAUAUGAAGGAUGGCGCUGGAUUUUCAUCCUUGAAGGUCUUCUUACCGUUGUCGUUGCGUUCAUCGCUCCCUUUGCGAUUCACGACUCCCCUGAGACAGCCACAUUCUUAACCGAGGAAGAACGACAAUUCGUGCUUCAUUCCGUGCGCUUCCAGACAUCUGCAGGGCACGAUAUCGGCCAUGUCGUGGAGGAAGAGGAGAUAAAAUUCCGACCUCGCUAUGUGAUCGAUGCCUUGCUGGAUUGGCAGAUCUAUGUUGCAUUAAUCAUGUAUUGGGGAAUCACAUGUCCUCUAUACGGUAUAUCUUUCUUCCUCCCAACCAUCAUUAAGGACCUGGGCUAUACGUCUUCCACCGCCCAGCUCCUCACCGUCCCGAUAUACGUUACGGCUGCGAUCGUGGCCAUCGCCGCAGCAUGGGUAUCCGACAGACGGCGACAACGCUCCCCCUUCAUCCUCUUCUUCAUGUUCCUCAUCGCCAUGGGCUUUGUCAUCGUCCUCGCGUCCACUGGAAAAGGCGUCCCUGGUGUGGUAUACUUCGGUGUCUUUCUCGUCGUCAUGGGAAUCUAUCCCGCCUUUCCAGGAAAUGUCACCUGGCUCAGCGUCAACCUUGCGGGCGACUAUAAGCGCGCCGCCGGAAUGGCCAUGCAUAUUGGACUAGGCAAUUUAGCAGGCGCAAUGGCGUCGAAUUUCUACCGCACCCAAGACGCACCGAACUAUGUGCUCGGGCACGCGCUUGAGCUCGGCUUCUGUGGUGUGGGGAUGAUCGCUGUUCUGGUUCUCCGGUUCACAUAUAGCAAGAUUAAUAAGAAACGGGAGCGGAUUGAUGCGUCGCUGUACAACCCUGGCGAGAUGGCGAAAAUGGGUGAUCGGUCCCCGAUGUUUAGCGUCGAGGUGGAUAACUACCUCUCUGCUUUGUGCCACUGCACUGAUUGCCAGAAGUGGACCGGUGGUGCCUUCACCUCCAACGCAGUCGUCCCUCGAUCUAGCUUCAAAGUGACCAAGGGCACCCCUAAGACCUAUGACGUCACCGGCGCCAGCGGCAAGAUCAACAAGCACUUCUUCUGCCUGAACUGCGGCUCGAGUCUGUAUACCGAGCUUGAGGUCAUGCCUGAUAAUACGGUCGUUAAGGCUGGAACGCUGGAUGGUGGUGAGGCGAACUUGAAGGGCAAGGUUGAUAUCGAGUUCUAUGUUAAGGAUCGGCCUCAGUAUUUGGCUGCUGUGGAAGGUGCGAAGCAGGAGCCGCGAUUCGGGUGCGAAAUGCCUGGAAAGCCAUGGCUUAUUCAGCCAGGAAAUCGAGAAUGGGUAACGACGAUUGAAUGCGUCAACGCCAGGGGAUUCGCAUUACCGACUACAAUUGUCUUUGAAGGCAAGAUGCCAAUCGAGGGAUGGCGUAUGGUUGGCCGAUAUCGAUUGCUGGUCUUAGACGGCCACGGAAGUCAUUUGACACCUGAAUUUGAUGCAAUCUGCAAGGAGAAUAACAUUAUUCCUAUAUGUAUGCCUCCUCAUUCAUCUCAUCUUUUGCAACCCCUGGAUGUUGGCUGCUUUGGACCUUUAAAAAAGGAAUAUGGGAGAUCUGUUGAGGAUAGAUCUCGCCUCGGCAAACACCAUAUCGACAAAUUCGACUUCUUAGAGGCCUUCCCUGCGGCCCAGCGAGCCAGUUUAUCUCCUCAGAAUAUUCAGAAUGGCUUUAUAGCAGCAGGAAUAGUCCCUUUUGAUCCUCAACGCGUGCUUGAUAAGCUUAAUACGAGAGUUUUGACCCCGGACCCCCCCCCCUACGGGGACUCGAUCUUCCACUACCUCCUCGCUUACUACACCUCGCACGAUUCGCCAGCUGCGCCGGAAGGCCUCUACGCUUCACAGUAA